GACCCGCAUUGGCAGCCGACGAUGACCAUCCUAGCCCUUAUUUCGAACAGACUGGCCAGCGCGGGGCCUAUCGACGUCGCCUUCGCUUCUCUUGCUGUAUGGCUGCUUCUCAAGACCGUCACGAGCGCUCGUCGGCAUAUCACCACUACCAAACUUAGGGGUCCCGCAGGAAAGAGUUGGAUGUAUGGCGUCGGGCGCGUCAUUGAAGAGUCUCAGGACUCUGGCUCGCUGUUUGAGCAAUGGGAGAAGGAGUAUGGACACGUGUACACCAUCCCCCACGCUCUGGGCAGCUCGCAUGUGAUUCUAUGCGAUCCAAAGGCGGCUACGCAUAUGUGGGCGAGGGACACGAUGAUUUACGAUCACCCCCCUGUCACCAAGAUUGCGCUGAAGAAUGCGAUUGGAGAGGGUGUCCUGUCAGCAGCGGGAGAGAGCCAUAAGAGGCAGCGAAAGGCUCUCAGCCCUGCUUUCAGUCACUCCGCUUUGCGGAAGGUUACCCCAGUUUUCGUUCAAGCGGCAUACAAGGUCGUCGAUGCAUGGACGUCUCAGAUAGAAACAGCAGAUAAUGGUGCAAUGAUCGAGGUUCAGGGAUGGAUGAAUCACAUCUCUCUGGACUCGAUUGGCCUCGCCGGCUUCUCGCACGACUUCGAGGCUCUCGACGGCAAGAAGUCGACCAUCGGCGAUAUACUCGACAUGCUGGACUCAAAGCCAUCCAAGACCAUCAUGCUUCUCUUCAUGCUCGGGUUCAUCUUCCCGUGGCUCAUCAAUUUGCCCGUCGAGCGGAAUCGUAUGCUUGCUCGUCUCAACGAGUCUAUGGAAAAGAUUUCGCUUGAACUGCUGGACCAGACACGUAGAGAAAAGGAGCACAUCGGGGUGGAGACGAGAUCCGUGUUAGGAUUGCUGCUCAAGGCCGAGAAUAUCGAUGCUGAGCUUCACUUAUCGCCCGCCGAGAUUUUGGCGGAAAUGAAAGUCCUGAUGAUUGCGGGAUAUGAGACCACCGCAGCGAGUAUGACGUGGGCACUGGUAGAGCUAGCGAAGCAUCCGGAUACUCAAGCUAAACUCCGUGACGAAGUUACUCAGAUCAAUGGGGACCCGACAUACGACCAGCUGCACAAUUCGCUUCCGUACCUCGAUGCCGUCGUUCACGAGAUCCUCAGGCUGCACCCUAGUGUACCCGGACUCACGCGUCAGGCUCUCGAAGACGACGUCAUCCCGCUCACCGAACCCAUCGAGGAUGCCACCGGCAACAUGGUCAACAGCCUCACCAUCGCGAAGGGCACCCUACUCACCGUAUCCAUCAACUACUUCAACCAGAGCGAAAAGUACUGGGGUGCCGAUGCCAAGCAGUUCCGUCCCGAGCGCUGGCUGGGAGAAGAAGGCGUCAACGCCGUUCGCGCAAAGGAACUUCAGGGCCAUAGGCACUUACAAACAUUCAGCGACGGCCCACGGACGUGUCUCGGCAGGCAGUUUGCCUUGACCGAGUUCAAGGCCGUCCUCGCAGUGCUAGUGCGCGCCUUUGCGUUCGAGCUCCGAGAUGGGCCGAGCACGAAGGUGGAGCUCACGAGAGGCUUGCUUCCGCGAGCAAAGGUAUCUGGCGAAGAGGGGCUGGACGUGCCUCUUCGCGUGCGGCGUAUUGACUGAUUAUAUCUCUUGAUAGCCUGUUGGUCUCGUUUCAACGUGUUGUACAUUCUCCCAACGCAUAUCUACUUACUCAGGACACUACUUCAAGCGACAGGCACUUAACCGGGUCCGCCUGAACGACUUCUCGAUUGGCUGAGUUUAGCACUUCAGAAUCCAGCAUGAGCAGAGCGCAUUCUUGGCGUAUUCUCGACUGCGUUUGGCCACAUUCAGUUGCGAAUUGGUGGACGAGUCGGCCCUAGAGUGUUCGCAUGUUAUGAUGACAGUUUGCUGUAUAGCACUGGCAGUCAUCGACACUUGUAUCUCCGACCGGGAUAA